UCUUUAUAUUUUUUUUCAAUCCUCCACAUUAGAAACAGGCUUUAGGGCAAUCUUUUUUGUUAAAUACGUUUUACACCUCAAUUCCUUAAACAGAUCGUGAAAACUUCAAAAUAUUAGUUCAACAGAUUGCCCUGAAGCUCCUUCAUGUUUUAUACUUCAACUACCAGCGUGAUUGACUUUAAGAGCCGAUAUUAAGAUAAUUUUUAUUGCGGCUUUAAAUAGAGUCAUCUCUGAAUCGGUUAAACUUAAUGACUCCAAAAAAUUCUUUAACUGCCUUUAAAAAUCCAACGUGACUGGAAGAUGUUCAUUCACAGCGACACUUGGUAAUCGAUUAUUUAUAAAACAAAUAGUGUGUGUUGAAAUAAUUAAUCGUCAAUAACUGAAAGAACAAGUACAUCAAACACACAUUGGAAGAAUACAAAGGAUUUCAUUCAAUGCUAAAUGCGAUGAGCAUUGUUCGCUGAGUUAAUUUGUCGUCCUCGACCUGAAGACCUCGAAACUAAAAAGCAAAGGGGAUGAAGUAUCAUUUCCUACGUACGUACUCGCCGUAAACAGAGGAUUGUAUACAACUUGCGUGGUACUAAAAGCCAUAGCUACUAAACCUCUCGUACUACCUAUAAAUGGUCGGGUUGCUAUAAAGUCCAUUCAUGAUCGCGUCGCUUGUACAACAAACGUCAGGUGAUUCGCGCCUCCCCCGCGAUUUAUCGCAUUGCUGUUCCACCGACAGACUAGUGCUUCCUACUUGCUAAGUAUGUACGAUGAUGAAAGAGCCAGCUGAUUCGUUAUUUCAAGAUAAGAACGAGUGUAACUCAUCCUGUUUGAUAGAAAAUUGUAAACGAUUUGAGAACGAUAGCAGAGAAGAUUUUAUAACAGUGUAACUCAUCUUCUUUUUACAGAAAGUUGUGAAUAAUAUGAGAUAAAAGUUUCAUUGUUGGGUAAGGUAGGCAAAUGAAGAAACCUUUAUUUUAACUUAAAAACUUUAUUUAUGAAUACACCAGUACAAACUCGACCAGUUUUUGAUUCUAAAAUAUCUUUUGGUUAAAUAAUCCUGAAUAAAUGGAAACUUUGCUAAUUCCACAAAGGGGUAUCAUCGUCAAGCAGGAUUAGCUUGUUCGUGGUUCGUUUCUCGUCCAGACGUUCGGAUCGAACGUUUUUGUCGAAACUUCCUCGUAAAGUUCCACGCUUUAUACAUUUUCACGAAACGUUCGAGACAUAGGACGAUAAAAGUUUUCUUCGUCGGGCAGCGGGCCGCUCCCUUCUCGAUAUUCGAUGUCGAUCGCUGCAUAGCCGAGUUACGACGAGAGAUUCAACGCGAUUAAGAAACGGCGCACACCGCGAAUACAGACGGGAAAUUUAUAGAUUCCUCUCGAACGGCUUCCAGCAGCCGCGUUAUUACCCCAAUAAUAAACUCGUUAAUGGAUCAAUUACAUAACGGACAGCUAUCCUCCGUUUAUGUAUCGGAGUCAAGUUCAGCCACCUUUUAACAGUCUCCGUUUAUGCGACUUUCAAGUUCAUCGUAUUGAGAAAGAUAGGAAUGAAUAGAAGGAUGCAGUGUUUUAUAGUUUCAAUGACUUCAAAUAUCUAUUAUGAUACAAUUGAUACUUGAAUAAUAUAGGUCCAUUCAGAGAAAGUGAUAGUAGUAUGAAUCAGCUUUAUUUUAGGAAUCAUGUAAAGGAAAUCUGGAUAUUGUACUUUUUCCUCAGGCACUCGGUUUCUUUUCUUAACUUUAAACGAUUCCAGCGAGGAUAUUGCGUAACUGGUUAGUAAACUUUUGAUAAUGAUUUCCUGGUUGACUAUCAAGCGCAGACAGGUCCCACGCGUGGCGCGAUCUAGUGGCGCGCGAGCCUGAUGGACAGAUGGAAGACGUAUGUGCCACCGGAGUUGUUGUCAGACCGUUUUACUUUACUGCCCCAUAAAAGUACCGAGAUUUAGACUGCAAUACUGUCAUGACUUAUUGUCCGCGUCUAGCGUAUACGUGUGCAUGCACGCGCUCGGUUAACCCGUGUGCGUGGAUGCACGCACCGUGAAACGAUUCUGAUGGUCACAAGACAUAUCAUUCAUUCCUCUUUUCACGUGUAACUUCACGCGUGAGAAAUAGCGGCGAAUUGUUGAGGACUCAAUCGUUCAUUCUCUUGUUGCCUUGCCAAUGAAAUUGUAACUCUGUUGAGUUAACUGGAUGGAUUCACAGAAGUACGAAAAUCUAAAGUUAGCGCGGGGUUAGAUCUACCCUCUGCGGUAAUGUGCAUUUAGCCAUGCGGAAAAAUAUUCUAAAGAAAAAGAAUUAGAACAGAGACAUUUGCAAGCGCAAAAUCUAAAGUGCAUCCGUAUCGAGUGCAGUCUUAUAACGAAGAUCAGCGGAAUUAACCGUGAAUAAACCAAUAAUUUAAUAACGAUAAAGAGUAGUUAUUCGGCGAGAUAAUGGAUACCAUAAAAGACGUAUCAGUAAAGAGGAUAGGUACUCGAGGCGUUUCUACAUGAAAUAUUACACGAGGCGUAGCAAUGGAGACUUGGAACGAGGAGGACGCUGCUAAUUAGCGUUCUAAAGGGGCGCCAAUAAAUUUUUUCCCCCGAUUUAUCGCACGCUCAAAGGGUGAAAAAAAAGGAAAGGGAAGCGCGUAAAGCGAUGAGACUGAAGAUUUUGCUCGAUUUGCCGCGAGAGAGGCAUCGUGAAGUAAACCAAGAGAAAAAAGAGCGGCAGAGAGGGACGGAGAGAAGAAGCACCUGCUAUUCAUCCAUUGGCCCACAAAUCCGGGUCAGACGGAGCCUUUCGUUUUUCUUUCGCUUUUUAUUUUACUGGCUAAGUCAAGCGUUUGGAAGUCGAAAAGAAAAAUUGAGUGGCGACAAGUGACAGAACGGAGUCGCGCGAUAUUCAAUCUUUGCGGAAGAGAGAAGUUUGUGUGUAUAGGCGACCUCGCGCGCUCACUCGCUGAUUCUCGCGAUGCAAGGGUGGGAGAGAGUCAGAUUAGAGCACGGACUCGACGGAAGAGGGACGAGGUAGGGUCGAGGGGGUUAACAUCGCGGCAGAGCGUCAAGUGGAAGGGGAGAAAGAGAGACGUGUCCGUGCAAGGAGGGUUUGCUUGCCAAACGAUCCGAGAGAUCGCGCUCGUGUCGCUUUCAGCCCGUUUACGCGUCCGAGCCGCGGGCAGAGCUCUCAGUUGACGCUCAGUUCGGCUCAGCGAGGCCAGAGAGAAGAAAGGGAGUCUUUUCGUGUGUGUAAACAUCGCGCGUGUGUGUAUCGUUGCAGCAGGCCACGGUUCCGCAGGGACUAGGCUCUCUUUCUACCUGAACAACCCGCAAAAGACCGCCCGUGUUCCUGGGGGUUCGGCUACCUGACUCUCCGGGGACAUAAGGACGAUAAGAAGAAAAAAAAAAGAAACACUGACGGGAGAUCAUCGGUCCGACCACAGACGUUCCGUUUCUCCUGACCCUUAGAUAGGAGUUACCUACUCGAAUUCAAUUUGACUAUAGUUGAUCCGUGUGUCUCGAAGUGGACGUGGAUAAAAGAAAAAAAAAUAUAGAAUAGAAUUGGGAAAAAUUGACAGCAAGGAACGGAGUUUGAUAAAAAGGAGCGGAGUUUGGACUGAAGAGCAAGUGCGCGCUGAGAAGAGACGUCGCGUGUACAUUUUGAAGAAAGUUAUGAGCAGGGUGACAGUUUCCGUCGAGGAAGGAGACGCGACGACAUGUGGCUCGACUAUGACCUGGAGCGGGACGACAAUAGCAAGAUCGGUCGAGCAGUGAGAGAAACGCGGUCGUACCGUACGUACGACGAGGCGCGUUCGUUUCUGUUCUCAAGAAAACGUCGAUUGCCAAGUGUCCUGUCCGCGACAUGUACCAGCCACGUUAUCGUUGACGGUCUGGAGCAUUCAUUGUCGCCGGUGACGUUUGACGAUCGCGAAGUCACGUCGACUCGGUGGUCAACGGAUAAGACUGCUGUCUUACGCUAAUUGCUGUGCUAGCCUAUCACAAUAAUAUUGUUCGUGGCUAGAAUUUCGAAGAAGCAUUUCUAAAGGCGUGCUGUGUCGUUUUGUUUUCAUUUGUUCCAACGUUACGGUUCCAACGUAUCGUUCUACUUGGUUAUCGUUUUUGGACCAUUGGACUACUGGAAUCUUGGAUAUCGGUGUUGGACAACCCGCCAACCGAUUCUCAUCGACGACGUCUCUGCACGUGGCCCAUUCUGCCGCCCGUCAACCUCGAUCAACCUCGAUCAACCUCGCUCGUCGUCGCGGACGUUAUCACUGUUGUGGUGGUGGUGGUGGCGGUGGCGGUGGUGGUGGUGCAUGGACCUUUCCUCAACGGAUUUGCUACGCAUUUUAUCGCGCCCCUGGGCGUCUUCGUCUCCCUCUCCGUCUCACACUGUCUCUUUUCGUUUCGUUCUUCUCUCUCUGUUCCUCUUAUUCGCCGUGUGCCGUCUCCCUCCCGCGCUUACCUACCCCUCCACCUGUCUGCCGCGCCGCUGCACACCCUCCCCUCCUUCGGCAACCCUGCUCGCACGAUCGCGUACCCGUACAAUUUUCCCUAUCCCCACCUUUCGCGCGCCUCCUCUGCUUUCCGCACGCGUUUUCUUUAUUUAUUCCGCGAUUCCUUCGGGCAACGCGACGCGACUCGACUCGCACACAUACGCACAUACGUACGCACACGUACACGCGAUGAAUCCCGCGUCCCACCGUUCCGCGACUUUUUGAAAUUGUUUCGCAUCCUCGCGCCGGACCUGAUACUUUGAUCGGUCGCUCGGUUCGAACGAACGCGCCUGCCUCGCGCUGUCCAUUGGUUGUCGAUCGGCGAGACCGUCUCCUCGUAAAAUCGACAAUAAUAACUGCCGCUUCUACUCUUUUCCCCUCUCCCGCUCGUUUCAACCUCCUUCUUCUUCUUCUUCUUCUUCUCUUUCUCGUUCACCGUCUCCUCCUACUACUUCUCCUUCUCCUCUAACCGUAUUCUGCCUGUUGGACUAACGUUACUCGAUCGAACAUUACCUUGCUUCGCUGUCCGUCCUUGGAUCGUACGCGCACGCCGUAAACGCAACCGCGCGAAACGACGACGAUAUGCGAUCGUGGUUGCUCCUGGUCGCGUGGUGAAAAUCAUCGAUUGUAAUCGAAUCGACGUGUUGCCGCGCUCUGUCCAUACCCGACCGAAUCGACCGGUCGAAUCGGCCACGGAAUCGACAUCGUCGCCACCGUUCGUCAACGUCAACGUCAACGUCAACGUCCACAUCGACAUCGACAUCGACAUCGCGUCCAUUCCGGACGUGGUCGUUAUAACACCGGCAAUCACCUGUCACCAUCUGCACCAUCGCCGAUCACGUGGCUUGCUCGACGGCGACGCUGUACGACAAUGUUCACGCCGCGCCGCUGUGCGGCUCCGGCGUGGGCCACCCUGGCUCCGUCACGCCGAUGGGGACAGCCACCGGAGCGGGGAAUUCCACCGGGGUGACCUGGUGGGCCAUGAUGAACGGUUCCCUCUACGAGGACAGCCCGCCACCGGUCCCACCAACAGCCUCCAGUCUCGUAUCGAUCCAGCAGCAACAACAGCAGCAAGCAACAUCGACCCCGGGUUCCCAUCAACAAGCUACCACACCAACCUCACCAGCUGCACCAGCUUCAGCGACAACCACCGUGCCACCGGCUCCAACAGCCAGCGCCAGUUCGACCUCGCCGAGCGCCUCCUCGGUGGCGAGCAACAGCGGGCCUGGACCACUCCACAUACCCGCCAAGAGGUUGACCGCCACGCCGGCCGGAUCCUCUUACGGGGAAGUCGGCUGUGUCGAUUCCUCUGCGGCGCCCGCCGCUGGACCAGCGGGCGUCAUUCGUCAUUCCCACUCGUCCUCCGCUGGCUCCCAAGGCGGCUGGAGUUACAGCCCCCAUCAUCCCCAGGAAUCGCACUACUCGUCCGCCGCGGCCGCUGAUUCCCUGAAUCAUCACCAGACCUACGGGGGAAACAAUCCCCCGACCUAUUACAAUCUGGCGGCCGAUCCCACCUCUACUUCCGGCUCCUCCAGGGACAACCGGAAAGCUGGCACGUUGAGCUUUUGGUCGCCAGCCGCGGCAACCGCUGGAUCCGCUGCAACGCCCGGCGCCGCAUCCGACUACAAGUCCUACAACUCGGUCGGCUCUGCAACCACCAGUUCCUCCACGGGUGCUGGUUCAUCCUCGGUCCCCAGCGGGGUCACGGAUCCGGCCGUCUCCUCCUGUCAUCAGAGCUUCUCCCAGAGCUGGUGUAACUACGCGCCGUACACCACGGCCAGGCAUCACCAUCCGGUGGACACGGCCGGUCAUCAUCAUCCUCACUCUCAAGCAGGAGUGCCGUACUUGACACCAUCCGCGGCAGACGACCGGGGAAGGGUCACUGCUGCCAUGGUCGCGGCCGAGGGCGCAUUUCCUCACGAUGGAUACGGUGGUCUAAGGAAUUACGGGGCGCCCGAACCUGUCACCUCCAGUCCGUACCCACCUCCAGGUUCCCUGGCGGGAGUCGGCGUCGGUGUCGGCGUGGCCGGGAUGGGCGUCGGUUGCGGGAGUUCGAACGCCCUGGAAUGGGCAGCAGGUCAAGCGACGGUGCGGAAGAAACGCAAGCCCUAUUCGAAGUUUCAAACGCUCGAACUCGAGAAGGAGUUUCUGUUCAACGCGUACGUGUCGAAGCAGAAACGAUGGGAACUGGCGCGUAAUCUGAACUUGACCGAGCGUCAGGUGAAGAUCUGGUUCCAGAAUCGUCGGAUGAAGAACAAGAAGAACAAUCAGCGACAGACGCAGCAGCAGAACAAUAAUAACAACAACAAUAGCAGCGCCAAUAACGCGAAUCACCACACGGCGACCGGAAGUCACCACCAUCAGAGUGCCGCGCAUGCGCCACCAUCGAGUCACCACGUGGUCGCGCAGGCGCACCACGCGAACGGUUCCGCGAAGCAUCAUCACGGAAACAGUACCGGCCACACCAACAGCAGCCACGCGGGCCUGGUUACAGGACACAGCCAUACGCUUCACGCGCCCCAACCUCAAACGCCUCUGCCGACCCACGCUGCCGCUGGUGCAUCCUCCAACACUGUCACACCCCCCACCGCCAUCGUUCAUCCUCACAUUCAUGCACACGCUCAUCAUCAUCAUCAUCACCAUCAGUUGGCACACGUGGCUCAGCAGUAUCCUACGCUCCUUCAUCAAACGCCCCAUGGCCUGGCCGCCUGAACUCGAUCCUAUCAGGCACGGACGCCCCAGAGAAUAAUCAUCGACGAGUCCUGUCUCGCGUGACUCGUUGGAUGGAACGCAACUUCUCAUCGUCUUCGUCGUCGUCGUCAAGGAUUGGCCAUCCGUGACUACGUCGGGAUAGAUAGACACAUGUACUUACCCGCACACACUCUAUCGAACCUUGUUCAGCAGCUGUUCAAAGACUGCCUACCACUUGUAAGGAGAGAUAACGUUUCGCGAGUAGUAUAUUAUUAUUAUUAUUAUUAUUAUAUUAUUUUAUUAUUAUUAUUAAUGUUAUUAUUACGAUCAUCGUCAUCUUCAUCGUCAUCAUGGUUAUCAAUUCAACGGAAGGGACACUGUUGUAUAGAAGAGCACUGUUGGUCCACCGUUGGACUCUUUCUUUUCUUUUUUGUUCCCGCGUGUCGUCGGUGUCAGGUGUCGAUCUUCUUCGAGUAGUGCGCAUUAGAAGAUAUAUGCGGCACCGAGAAAUCUGUCCAAUUCGUAAUUCGGUAGUACUUCCUCCAGUUAUACAUAUUAUAUAUAUAUAUAGAGAUAUACAUAGUAAAGCAAAUUAGUGUCACUUAGCGUCUGGUCCCCCUAGUUCCCGUCUGGAUGAACACCAUCGACUCCUGCUCCACCCCAUCCCCAACAGGUUUUUACUCCCUCGACCGUGCGUUUGCUUUGUCUUCAACUGGUUCAGCCCGUGAAUCGGAAAGAAUCGAAGAACGUGUCGUGGCUGUUAUACGAGAAGACGGCGCCAUUGGGUCCCGAGGCUACGACAAAUGAGCUCUAACCGGGGAUUUCGAGAUGAGAAAAUCGCCUAUCAGGGGUAAGUGUGCAGAAACGAGGUUAGAGCGUGAAAUUCGAGUAAACGAUGAAUUCGUGCGGAAAAAUUUGAUCGGCGUUCAUGAAAAAUCGUCUACCUUCAUUUAAUCGUUGGAUCAUCGAUGAUCCAAUUAGAUUCGUUGCUACUGUCUGUGAUUCGCGGAAAGUACUAUUGUUUUCUUCUUUUCUUUUUUUGCGGAGAUGGUGACAAUCGAUCGCGAGCUACGGCGUUCUUUCAUCGACACCGGUGUUGUCGGUGUAUUUGCACGGUUGACGCGUGUUAGUUUAAUUUCGUCGCGAGACAAAAUCCAAUAAUGGAAUUGCUCGUUUCAUGGGAUCCAAUGCAUCCGUCGUUCUGAACACGAGAGCUGAUUCCCGAUCCUGGUAAGGAUCAGUGGAUCUUACGUGAGAAAAACUCGAUCGUUGGAGAGUCUGAGCAGGAUCAAGCGUUUGGACCUCUGUAGAUAACUUCUAUAUUCAUUGUCCGACGCUUUGUUUUGUAGAAAAACCAGCUAUCGAUCAGCGAUUUUUAAAAAAAUAGGCCAAGACACGUUCGCAUUAGACUUAGUGCAAAGCAACCAUACGUUCGUAGGGUUAGUCUAAUUAUGUCCAGAGUGUUGUAUUCAUCGCCUACCAAGGAUCGCAAACUAGUACCUAUAAUUCUUAUAUUAUAUGUAAAGAAAAUAAAACGACUUUUAGAUGUAAAGGCAUACCUAGUGGACUAUGAAGUGCUGGUGAGAGCACUGCUCUAAGACUGAGUUUAGGAACUUCAUCGCUAGAGCUGUGUUAUGUGUGUACUAAAAUGAAAGAAAGAAGUUCGUUUGUUAAUUGUUGAACGUGGAAAUUAAUGUUUGUUUUUUUUUUCGUUUGAAUUACAAAAAUCCAAAGAGAUUUCACUGAAUUAGAAGAUGCUACCCGGCGAAUGACAGCACUGUGAUUAGUCGAAAUGAAUUCGAAUCGAUGUUAUAAAAUUAAAUGUUGUAGAAUGUGAAUAUUUUGUUAUUCACGGAAGAAAUUUUAUUCAAAUUCGAGGAUUUUUGGCUCACUCAUCAAACGUCUUUCGGUAACCGCGACCGAGUUAAAAUUCGGGUGUGCGGGAUGAUGUCUAUCCUUGUAUUAGAUUGGCAACUGAAUUCGAAUCUAGACUUAGAAAGCUUAUAUAUCAAAAGGAUAGUUUAAAAUUAAAUUUAAAUUGUCGCUAUUUCAAAAAAUUUGAAUUCCCAAAGAAAUCGAAAGAAUUCUUCUCGAUGGAACCAAGUCCUAAACCCGGUCUAAGAGCGAUGGUAAUCAAAGCGUUUUACCUUUUAACCGGUACGUCAGCGAGUAAGUAGGUAAUUUAAUCGGAUGUUCAAUGAAAAUAAAUAUCCCAGUGGAUCUCUAUUCUCUAAGGUGCAACAUUAUCUAAAUUGUAAGGGCCGCUGAAUGAGUGUGCACACUUACGGUAUAUUACGUAUACAUACUGCGUGUGUCCUCUUCUUGUAUGCACUUGUGCAUGUGUGUGUGUGUAUGCGCUCGCGUGUCUACACCCGCGUAUACGUCAAAGAAAUACAAGCUUUGCACCAGAGAGAGAGGAAGAGAAAAAAAAAUCGAUAAAGAGAAAGUAGGGCCAAGGAGAAUAUUGAAAUUUCUCGGAGGUGUAGGUGCGUGAGCGCGCGUGUGCGAGUCAGUGACUGCGAGAGAGAAAGAUGAACGGAGAUGACUCGAGCGAGAGAGAUAAAGUGAAUACACAGUCAACGUAAAACUUAAUCCAGACUUGCAUACAAUCGUUUGCACUUAAGGUAAAAAAAUACCAUGUUGCAAAUAAAAUUUUAUAAACAAAACUAUUUUAUUCGCGUUUAAUAAAAUAACGGCAAAUAACUUUUACAUAUUUGUUUCAAUGUUUGCGGGCAAAGAUAUGUAUGUCUGGAUUAGGUUUGAUAGUUAAUGAUAAAUGCAAAACGUGACGCGAAACGAGAAUUACAAAAGAUAUUAUAAUAAUUAGGAUAACAUUAAAGAAGAAAAUAAACAUGAACACAGACACAAAUGGAUACACACGGAACACAAUUGUAAGAUUGAGUCUUGGAUGAACGAUACACUGCUCCGCCACGAUUACUAUGAUACACUAAUUAUGUAACGACCGUUUAAGUAUGAUAACAGUAUAAGUGAAAUAAAGUGAUUCUUGAGAAGCAA